AUGGCUGCACUGCCAAAAGAGAGAUCCACUCUCUCAUUACCGUUCUCACAUACGGGUGUCGACUUUGCUGGUCCAUUUCAGAUCAAGUCUGGCAAUUUGCGAAAUUCACCAUAUAUGAAAGGUUACGCAUGUAUCUUUGUAUGUUUUGCUACAAGAGCCAUUCAUUUAGAAGCUUGCUCUAGUUUAACAUCAGAAGCAUUUCUAGCUGCUUUUGCACGAUUUAUAGCUAGGCGAGGAUUGCCAAAAUCAGUUAUGUCGGACAAUGGUACAAAUUUCAUAGGCGCUAGUAAGUCAUUGCUAAAGGAGUAUUCGUUAUUUCUUAAACAAUCCUCCAAGGAUAUAACCGAUAAAUAUGCAAUUAAUGGACUUGAGUGGAAGUUCAUUCCACCUAGCGCCCCGCAUAUGGGAGGUUUAUGGGAAGCUGGCGUUAAAAGCUUCAAAAUCCACUUCAGGAAAAUUGCAGGUGCACAUAAAUUUAAUUUUGAAGAGUUCUCUACUCUGCUUGCGCGAAUAGAAAGUGUUCUAAAUUCACGACCAAUAUCACCGAUGUCAGAAGACCCAGAUGACCUGCAGGCCCUUACUCCUAGUCAUUUUCUGCGCGGUGCACCUUUGGUAUUCGCGCCAGAAAUACCGCCUGACAAUUUGUCGUUAUUGAAUCGCUGGGAACGACUGAAAGCACUCCAUCAUAAAUUUGGUCAACGAUGGAAAAAUGAGUACCUUCUGGAGCUACACAAGAGGUACAAAUGGCAGAAUCCACGACGGGAUCUACAGACUGGUGAUUUCGUUAUCAUCAAGGAUGAGCUUCUUCCUCCAUGCGACUGGAGGUUAGGCAGAAUAGAAGCCGUACACGUUGGUCGGGAUAAGCGCCAACAACAACAACUACAGCAGCAACAACGCCAACGACAACAACGGCAACUACAGCAACAAUCUCAGCGGCAGCCACAACGACGCCAACAACAACAGCGCCAACAACAUCAACCACAAACCAUAGCCGUUCCUCAGCCUGCGGCAACGCCAGCCUCAACCCAGGGGCUGGUCAACCAAAUCGUUUCGGCCCUCAGCCAACUCACAGGGUCGACAAUUGCACCAGUGCAAGGAGGCCGGCAUGUCGAAGUCCGGUCACGCCUCGUUGAAGACGAUUUGAUCGAUCUCCAUGACGAUCUUAUCGACUUCGACGACGGCCUUACCGACCUUGACUGA